AUGUCUGGACGAAGCUCGAUUGCCAUCAAGAGGACCCUCGCAAAGGACGAUUCGAAUACGCCGAAUACGCUGCAGAUAAAGGCAGCGUCAGAAGGCCCUGGCAAUGCGCGCGGUGAUCGGAUUCCCAACGAGAUCCUCAUCGAGGUCGUUUCCAACCUCGACAUGGCUGAUCUACUUUCCAUCAGCCAAACGCACCGCUCUUGGCGCCAGAUCCUGACUUCGGCACCUCGUCUCUGGACCAAGUUGAUCGUCAAAUCAAAGGUCAAGAGGCCGAGUCACCACCAACUCAUCAAGUUGUUCAAACACAUCCUGAUGGCCGCCGAAAGAUCCCAUCAUUCUCUCGAGCAUGUAGUUUUCCGAGUCCAUUCUCCAGGACAUUGGGACAGACAGGUGUGCCAUGUCUUGCAAUUGUCCGCAGCAACCCUCAAACACAUCGAGCUUUAUGCACCAAACCAGCCAGACGUGUAUGAGAUGCUGUACCGUUUCUGCCCUCUCCUCCGGAAGCUCAUCUUCCUGUACCGGGCGGAGGUUUCGGCGCCGGUCUCGCUUAUCACUGCUCAGAUGCUUCCGGUCAAGGGAUUGCCACCUGUCACGCUACGCGAGCUAGAGCUUUUCCACCUCGAGGAGUUUCACGCUAUCGACAUCGAUGACUCGCAGAUGGACAAGCACCUCGACAAAGUACGGGUCCUCAAAAAAUUCAACCCGUUCAGAUGGCAUGUCGAGGCGGGUGCAUUGCACUUCGACGACGAGCGACUGGUUCGUUCCAUCACCGAGCACUUGGAGCAUUGGCAACUUCCUUGUCUUGAACUUCAGGAUCCUCCUCCAGAUUAUCCACCUCUUCUUCUAAGGUUGUCCAAGCUCAGAUCGCUUCUGGACCUCGAGCUGCAUUCUGAGGAGCUUGCAGGCUACACUGUGCUCAGGAUUUCCUGCCCUAAUCUGCUCGAGAUGAGAGUCUCGAUGUACGAUGGCUUAGUCAAAUUGGCGGCGAAUCUGGCUCAGACCUUGAAGACCACCACACAAUUGCAGAGACUCACUUUCGAAGACUCUCAUCUGUACCCUACCGACGACGUCGUACUAGAAGCGAUGCAAGUCUUGCCGGAUCUCCGUUAUCUCAAAUUCGAUAUGGAUCUUCAUGAUCAAUGGGCUGAAAGGCUCCUGCUUCCUUGUGCAGUACCGGGCUCGCGCGUCGAUGACGAGCUCAUGCUGCCGUUGCCGAGGCUGGACACCCUCCUGAUACGUGGCUGUAGCUAUACGGCCAUCCGGGACCUGACAAGGUCGCUCGUGGUCCGAGAGCUUUUGCGAACAGGAUUCAGCCUGACCGAGGCCUACAUGAUGGCUUUCAACCAGAUGGAAAGCCUAGCGAUGCGCUCGCUUGACGGAGCUCAUCGUGACGUGUCCGGACGUCGAAUUAAGGGCUAA